CUGAUUAAUUGUUCGACUGAAUCGAGGUAUAAUAACGAGGUUUUUUACGCUAUCUCGUGUGAUUCCUACAUGAAAUUUACCGAACUUUAGGCACAGGCUUCUGGUGAACCAACGAAAUUGAACUUCAAACUUCGGUACCACACGUCAUAGAUACGCAAAAUUUCAGCCCGCUGUGAACAGGAUCGAUGACUUUUACGGUCUAAAUCCUACGUCCAUCGUACCGCAUCACAAUUACAUGAGAAACGAUCAUUGUGGGCCCUGCAACAAUCUCAAGACAAUGAAAAAUGAAAUCGAUGAGGGAACUUGUAUGCCCAAAAUAUCUGCGUUUAUCUCUGGUCAAAGUGAUGACAUGGUAAAAAAUAAUCAAAAGAAAAAGAAGUGCCGAAAUAAGGAAUCGCAUCUCCGCAGCUCCCCACCGACACAAUUUGAUCUCAAAGUAGAGCUACUCGAUAUCCUAAAUUGCAUUAUUUUUAUUAUGUGGAGUCCAAUAGUAUUUUUUAUAAGACUUCUCUUGGCAUGUCCAAGGGCGUUAUUGGCUUUGGUACUCCGUGACAUGUUCAAUUUAUUUAAACCAAAAUCAAAAAACAUAAUUAGUCGACGAAAAUCAAACGAGGCAUUAAAGUCUCUAAAAUUGGGAGAGAAAGGAUCGAUGUCAGAUGAACAUAUCCAAAGCAAAGAACUGGAAAAGAAGAAUGUGAAUAACAAUUUUCUUCAUUCUCCAUGGCACCAGGACAUCAGUAGCAUUGAAUUGAGUAGCGAUUGUUUAUCCGAUAAAUGUUCACUAAGAUUUCUUGACUCCAAAUCUUUGGAUUGCAACAAAAAAGUGGUAAAACGAUACCAAGAAUCAAUGAUCUGCAAUGCAGUGACCAAAGUACCAGAUUCCUCGCUGAAAUACUCGUUUCGUACAGCCAGCAGGAUUACUGUUCAGGAUAAUAGAAAACAACGAGGAAAUUCCAGGAAUAAUAUUGAUCGUAGAAGUGGACAAAAACCUUCUAAAAAUGUUGCACCUUCAGCAUCUGACUACACUGCAAAUCAUAAUUAUUUGAUUGCAGAAUUUCAACGAGAGAAAGAAAAUAACAAUUCACCAUUCUUGGCUAUUGAUUUCAAACCGUUAAAAAGUCAAACCAAAGCCAGCGAGUUGAAUCAAGGAGUGGAAUCUUCUUCACAAAUUCAGACAGAAGAAUCUUCUGCGCUAAAAGGCCGGCCAGAUUAUGAAAAAUCGAAAACGGCUGAGAAGGAAAUCUUACCCAAUAAACAGACGGAAGCGAGUGAAUCCCACAAAUCUUAUGCUGGAUGUGGAAAAAAUUACUCACAUACUGAGGAACAUGUUUCAGGUUUAGGAGAUAUAAAUCCGAACAAAGAUAUUGUCAGUCGAAAAGCGUCGUAUAUUGCUGCAAAAUUUACCGAUCCAAUCGAUGCAAAGGCCAAGUGGCUGGAAAUGAAGAAGAAAUUUUAUGGGAAGGAUUAUAAAGCAGAAAAAUUUGAGGAGCCGGUAAAACUGGAGACCCACCCUCUUACGUUGGUGACAUCGAUGACAAAACUUUCGCCUCGAGCGAUAUUCCAGUAUAACAUGCGGAUGGGAAGAGCAAGACAGAUACGUGUCGAGCCACUUUCUACUGAUGAAGAAUUUUCAGAGAAGAGAAUUACCGAUUCUUUGCAUCCGAAUGCACAUCAAGGCGGAACCCCAUUAACGCAGAAGAGCGUUAAUAAUCUAGCAAGAGAUAUGCCACAAUUUUUAGAUAGCAAAGUUCCUAUAUAUCGAAGCUUAAUGCAAACUCAAUCCUUAUCCCAGUGGCCAGCGGACUCUGUUGACCGUAAUGGAUCGAAAAAAAAUUCGUUGGACAGAAAAUACAAGCAAAAACCCCAACCGAAACCACGACUCGAGAGAUUUAAUCGCCAGAAGAUUGCAACCAUGUCUUCCUUGGAUAUUAGAUCCGCAAGCCAGUACGCAAAUCCAAAUGGAUUAUUUGAUUGAUCCUUCUAGCCUUUCAAGUUGAUUUAAUAAUUCAAUCUCAAAUAACACGUCUGAUGAAGCUGAUAAGGAUGAUUCUGAUCUAAGAGGAUCU